AGCAUUUGCAUUUGUUCCGAUUCUUUCAUGCGUGCGUUGACCAUAGCCUGAAGCAUUUAGUCAAUCAUUCUACGCCCUGCUUCGCGCCGGUCACCGCGAGGAGCUGCUGAAGUGCUGGAACGUAUUUACGCGCCGACUGACUUGCUCACGGCACACUGUAUGCUCGUAGAGCAUCCUGUCCGAAGCACCUCGGUGAAGGAGGCAAACGCUUAGCUCUAAGUAAAAGCUCAGGACUGAUUGAAAUCUUAGGAGCUGGUCAGAACUAAAGGCUCCGGACAAGAUGGGGGUCUUAUCGCGGCGGGUGGUGCCGCUGUGCGCGGACGUGUUCUGCUUCCCCUGUCCGCAGAUGCGGUCGCGGUCCCGCAAGCCCAUGAAGCGCUACAAGCAGUACCUCGCCGCCAUUUUCUCAGCGUCAGAUAAAGGAAACGUCGACGAGAAGCAGAUAGGAAAGCUCGCGGAUUACGCGGAGGGGAACCCGGACCGCAUUCCGAAGAUCGUGGCGAAGCUCGAGGAGCGCGCCAUCCGCGAGCUGCGCGCCGAGCGGUUCGGUUCGCUGCCCGCCGUGGCUCGGUCGUACGCGAAGCUGCUCUCCGCGUGCCAGAGCUCUCUGCCGCUGCUGGCGUGGAGCGUGCUGAGCGUGGUGCAGAAGCUGCUGCAGAGCAAGCGCGUGGACGUGCGCGUGCUGGGCUGCGACCUGCUGGCGGACUUCGUGGACUGCCAGGCGGACGCCGCGUACGUCGCGCCCAUCCAGAAGCUCUGCCCCACGCUCGUCGCCAUGGCGCACGAGGCCGGCUCGCAGGCCGACUCCCGGGCCGCCAGAUCGUCCGCGUUAAGAGCAAUCGCCGCUGUGGUUCUCUUCCUCUCCUUCUUCUCCCAGCCCUGCGACUGCCUCGACCAGCUGGUGGCGGCCGUGCUUGACAACUACAAGCCGCACGCAGCAGCAGGUGCAGGGGAGGAGGGGGCAGCAGCAGCGGAGAAGGUGAGGGAGAGGACGCUGGAGGCGCUCAAGAAGCAGAGGCAGCAGCAGCAGCAGCAGCAGCAGGGGGGAGGCAAGGACAAAGAGACGCUGCAUCAGGAGCGAAAGCUGGUCACUCCUCUGCCGUCCAAGCAGGAGCUGCAGCACCCGGAGGUGGCGGCGCUGGUGGCGGUGUGGGCGCUGGCGCACAUGUUUGCAGCCGCCGUGUCGCUGUCGUCGCAGCAGGUGCUGGCGCAUUUGCUGCUCUACCUCUCCAACGGCUCGCACUGGGCCUCGCCGCUCGCCCCAGGAGGAGAGGAAGGGGCGGCAGCAGCAGGGGGGGCAGGGGCAGGGGCGGCAGGCAGGGGCGGGUUUGCGGGGCAGCUGCUGGAGGAUAUGUGCGUAGCGCUCAGGUUCCUGGCCACCCGCGCCCCCUCGCCCACGAGGGAGGAGCGGCGCCUGCUGCUGGCGCUGGUGGCGGCAGUGAUCCGCCACGCGGACGCCUCCCCCUCGCUGCGCUCCCCCCGCAUGCGCCACGACGCCCUUGCAGUGGCAGGCGGGCUGCACCUUGCGCACCUGCUGCUCGCAGAUGGGGGGAACGCAGGGGGAGGGGAAGGGGAAAGGGGGAGGGCGGUGAGCAUGAGAGGGGGGCCGGAGGCAGCGAGUGAGGUGCAGGCAGUGGGCGACUUAUUGCGGAUACUGAAGCGCAGUAUAGUGGAGGAGAAGCAGGGGGGCGGCAUGGACGACAACAUCAUAGGGGAGGGGCAGGUGGGCGGCGGGGUGUCGUUCAGAAGGAGGCAGGGGGAACAGCCAGCCCUGCAGGAACAGGCGCUGAAGCUGCUGGCGCUGGUUACAUCGUUACACCCCGGCAGCGCCAGGGACCGCGCCUCUCUCCUGCUGGACGACGCAGCGGUGUUCCUCGAGUCGCUCCCCUCCGACCCCUGGGGCUCGUGGGCCACCGUGGUCGCUGCAGAGGCUGCUGUGGCCGUGGUCGUGCUGCCAGUGGCGCUUCUGGUGGAGCGAGACGAGGGGGAGGCGGAGGGGGGGGAGGGGGAGGAGGGGGAGGAGGCGAAGGGGGAGAGUAAAGAGGAGUUUGGGACCUUGGGAAGCUUCCCAGAUGCUGCACUUCUCAGCAUCCUCCGUGCCUUCCUGCACCCGCACUCCGAGACGAGAGACACUGCCCACCACCUGCUGCAGGUGCUGCUGCGCGGCCCCUCAGCCUUCCCCCCCAACGACAGGGACUGCUACGGUCUUGCUAUCGCCGCCAGCGCUGCUGCCACCACCACCAGCAGCAGCACAGCACCCGGCACUGCUGCACAUUCACCUGCCCCGCUCAUCGACGACAUCCAGCGGGCGCCCCUGACCCCCUCACCCUCGCAGCUCCCGCUGCUGCUGUCGGCGCUCUGGCUGCAGGCCGCCAUGCCGUCCACCGCGCCCAAGUCCCUCUGCGCGCUCUCCGCCACCUUCCAAGCGCUGCUGCCGUGCCUCUCUGCGUCCACCUGCUCCCCCUCCCUCCUCCAGUCCUUCCAGCUCGCCCUCUCCCUCCGCAGAAAGGCCUUGUCUCUGCCUGCCAUUGCCACGCAGCUAGCAGCACGGGAAGGGGAAGGGGCAGGUAGGGAGGUGGAGGAGGAGGGGGGAGGGGGUGGGGAGGCUGAGUGGGCGAUUGGCCCGGUGGACCGGCGGUCGGUGUUCACUGUAGCAACGGCCAUGCUGGCAGGGCUGGCCGGCAGCCUGGGGAUGGAAGAGGUGGCGUCGUUUGUCUUGUCUGAAGAGGCGUCGUCAGCUGCUCUGUGCAACCCCUUCCACCUCGUCAGUCCCGAUGGAUCUCUCUCCGAGCGCCGCCCGCCGACCUCUCAGACCGCGUUCGGCUCCCCUGCUGACUCAGAGCGGGCGGCUGCUGAGCUGGCAGGGGCCAGCAGCAGAGAGGAGGAGGUGCAGGUGCAGCUGGGGGAGCAAAUAGCUGCGGGACUUGUGGCCGUGUUCCCCGGGCAGCAGGUGGAGCCGGCAUCACUGCUGGCAGCAUUCCACCCGUCGGACUCACUCGCCCUCAGGCCAGCCGCGGACAUGCUCGCUGCUGUCGCUGCUGCCUCCGCUGCUCCCGCCCUGCCCUCCUUCGAGGACCUGCCUGCUGCCAUCCCGGACGAGGAACUCUUCCGAGCCUCCUCCGUUCCGGAUUUAGCCAGGCCUGGCCGAGGCAGCAACGAUGGCAGCAUCUCAGGCUCGGACGAUGCCCGUGCUGCUCCACAAGCGGACGAUAAAGCAGGGGCGGGUGUGCCGAGUGUGGAGCAGAUAUUGGAGUCGUUGCAAGAGGAUCAAGAGGCUGUAGCGGAUCCCACAGCUGUAACGCAGACAGGUGCAGCGGGUGGCGAAUCGUCGAGUGUAGAUGCAGCCUUAGCUAUUCUGGAUGAUUGAUUAUUAUUAUGGAACACGGCUCAUUGGCUUGCUAGCUUUGAUUACGAUGCCUUAGGAUAGGUAGAUAGGGUAGGAAAUUUGCUGUCGCACGUCUCUAUGUAUUGAUGUUAUCAAGGUUC